AUGAGUUAUCUCGAAUUACAGGUGAACGUUCUCAAAUGGAUCGGUAUAUUCCCACCCGCGAAACCAUCUUCGUCCCCGACUCUCUGCCGGGCUUACACGGGCUACCGCAUACUGUUCAUCUCGAUUGUCUCGAUAUUUGCAUUUGCCACAACCGUACAGCUGUUGGUGGCCCCCGACCUGACAAUGGUCGCCCGCACCAUCGACUUGUGGACCAUGUUCGUCUCUGGCAUCUUCAAGUGGUAUUGCAUGGUCAGAAGUAGCGACGACUUCAUGGAGUUCAACACCAACCUGAUGGCAAUCCAGACCCAAGGGCUGAUAUCGUAUGGCAGGAGAGCUCAACGGUUCACCGCCGAUUACAUGGAGCCGGUCAGACAGACCACGGUCAUCUAUCUACUGUGUGGCCUCUGCGCCGAUCUAUUAUUGACGAUAAAUCCUUUGCUGAAUUAUCCUCAAAACGGCCGAUCGGAUUUGGUUUAUUUCAACGACCCCAAAAGCUAUCCUAUAUGCGUCUGGAUGCCGUUCACGGUAAAAGAGCGUUGGGUUUUCAACGGUAUCUUCUUCUUGCAUGCCCUUGCGUUGGUAGGCAUAACCAACGUCUACUUAGGCAUUGAUUCAUUCAUGUUUUGCGCCGUGUACUCAGUGGGCGGUCAAAUCGAAUUGCUUAACGCGUCGUUGGACAACAUUGAAAAGGCAUUAGUCUCUGAUGGAGACGACCAAAAAUCAGCUAUGAAAUUCGAAAAAGAUCAACAAAAUCAAUUGAGUUCUAUGAUUGUGUAUAUAAGAAAACUAAGAGUUAUGUUCAGCUUGCCCAUACUUGUCGAUUAUCUGCACGGAAUAACAUCUUUGACGUUUGCCAUGUUUCAAACGACAAUAAGUGUAGGCGUCAGCGAAAAGAUUGCUCUAAUUUGUUUCAUAGCUGUGAGUCUUGGACAUCAGUUUCUCAACAAUUUCUUCGGCGAAUACCUCAUCCAAAAGCAAAUGAGUGUAAGGACUUCACUUUACAACGUACCUUGGUGGCGAGCCGAUAAGCAAGUUCGUGGGUUGUUAACGUUGAUGAUCGCCAGAUCGAACGAACAGACAUCAAUAAACGGAUUCUACAUGUACAAAUUGUGCUUUAAAUCGUUUAUUGCUUUCGUCAAAGCCCUUUACACUUAUUACAUGGUAUUGAGGCAACUGCAUCAAACUGAGCCUUAGCAAUAAGCAUAAAUAAGACUAGAAGAAAUCUGGAAUUAGUGUUCUGACCAUACCAAC